GUAACAAGAGUGGGUGGGCAGUUCCCCCUUAGUAACUCUGUCGUUUUUUUAUGUACCAUAAACGUACACGUUUCCAUACAUUGAACGUUCACAGACAAAUCUUACAAUUAUUUGAAGAAACUUUUUCAUACAUCUUUCUGUCAAUGUUAGCACGUGGAAGUUCGAAUAAACUGUGUAAGCGUCAACGGUGUUCGAAAGAAACGCUCGAAAAAUCCGUAAGUUCAACAGAAGCUCGUCCCGAGUUUGACGUUUCACGAGAAACACGAGGAAACGAACCUUGGCUGCGUGUGUCGAGUUUAAAAUUAAAGCCGAGACGGACCUUCCAAGUCUUAUAUUUAGGACGACGCGCAAGCGCGAUCCGAUUGGACAUGCUGCGAAGACUUAGAACUUCUGGUUCUUCGAAUUCCACCGUGUGCCGCGAUUUUCGCAAACCGUCUCCAUCCAUCGCGAACACGUAAAUAUUCUCCAUUUCCUAUCGGCGGGAAUCGGAAUACUUUCUCCAUGGUGCAACGUUCGAGUUGCCCACGCCACGUCGAAACGCGAGUUCAUCCGAUAAAUCGAUUUCCGAGAUCUUGAAAUCUCGUCGUAAAUAGAAUUCGAUCGAGCCUAAACCCAUCCAAGUGCGCCCUUCGGCACUAUCCGUGUAAAAAAAAAAGAAAAAAAAAAUCGUCGCGUUUCGAAUUCGUUUCGAUAAACCAACAAGAUGGAUCUCGGGGGUGUCGAUGUCUGGGGUCAGAUCGCUGUGGAGACGUCCCAGAUGUUCGUUUCCGAAGGUGGUGUGAUUAAGAGUCGUUUCGCAGGAACAACUAUAGAGAAGCUUCCGGACAAGGUGAUUCUGAACGCCUUCAGCUACCUCUCCCACCGUGAAAUAUGCAGGGUGGCACGUGUUUGCAAAAGGUGGCGGCAGAUCGCUUACGACACGCGCCUAUGGAAACACGUAUCUCUGCGCCCGGAGAUUAGCGGGUUACACGUCAGCUCCUUGGACAAUCUGCUGCACUUGAUCAGUACACGGUUCGGCGCGUCGCUGAGGUACAUCGAGUUGCCGAUCGAAUUAAUCACCCACACCGUUCUUCACGAACUGGCGAACAAGUGUCCGAAUCUCACCCACAUGCUUCUCGACUUCUCCACCGCCAUGCAGCUGCACGAUUUCUCGGAAAUGCAGGCCUUUCCCACCAAGUUGAAGUACAUGUGCAUCUGUCUAUCGGAGGUGAUUUUCAUGGAGGGUUUCAUGAGAAAAAUUUACAACUUCAUCAACGGUUUAGAGAUCCUUCAUCUCAUAGGGACGUACGAAAAGGUGGAGGAGGAAGAGGAAGAGAUCUACGAAGUUAUAAACGUUCACAAACUAAAAUCGGCCACUCCUAAUUUAAGGGUGAUCAAUCUGUACGGGAUCAACUUCGUAGACGACUCGCACAUCGACGCGUUCUCCUCGAACUGCAUCCAGCUCGAGUGUUUGGCCGUGAAUUUCUGCUCCAAGGUCACCGGCUCGACGAUGAAGACCCUCUUCCAAAGAAGCAGAAGACUGAAAUGUCUCCUUAUGCAAGGAACAAAUCUCCAAAGCGAGUACGUGAUGCAAGUGGAGUGGGAAAAGUCGAGCAUUCAGGAGCUGGACGUUACCGCAACGGACUUGUCCACGGAGUGUCUGAUCGAUAUGCUGUCUAGGAUUCCAGGACUUCGUUUCCUGAGCGCUGGUCAGCUGAACGGUUUCAACGACAGCGUGAUGAAAGCCUGGGCCGAACUCGGCAAUCCCCGAAACUUGAUCGCUUUAGACUUGGACAGUUCCGAUAACUUAACCGACGACGGUCUACACAAAUUUCUAUCGAGAUACGGCCAUCAGUUGUGGGGACUCGCUCUGUCCGGCAUGCCACAUAUCACCGAUCAACUUUGGCAGAGUAUAUUGCCGAUAUUAACCAAUGCCAAGAUUCUCGUGAUGGGAACACAAGAGAGACUAGGCGUAAACAUUCACGUGGAUCAGCUGAUGGACGGGAUCGCGAAUAACUGUCCAAACUUGGAGCGACUGGAGUUACGUUGGGAUCCGGAGAAUUUACGAUUCUCGGACAAGAGUCAAAAAGCUAUAGACAUACUCCGCGUCAAGUGCAUCAAAUUACGAUGCCUGAGUUUGAGUUCGAUAUGUUCCAGCGAUGGAAGGUACUACGAAAUCGUUAAAGCGAAUUUCGAACGAGCCGACAGAACGACUGUCGUCCGAACGUCGACGUGCUGCAGAGUGUCCAACUACUACUUGCUAGCCAAUUACAAGGAUUUGAUCUUCAAUUAAUGAAUAUUUUUUUCUAACUACUACUUGUAUAUACACUACGAAGAACACAUGCAUAGGGUUUUCCAUAUCAUCGACCAAUCACCGAGGCAGAUAAAUAUAACAACGAGAUAAUGGAAAUGUGACAAUUACGACCAAACAAGACAUCCACCUUCGACUCGAAUAUAUUUAUUCCUAGGAUUACGACGAGAAACUUUACGCGACACAUUAAAUAUAUAUGUGUAUAUUUUUAUAUACCAUUUUUGAACAUGUCCAUACACGACUAAUCGCAGAAGACCUGUAAGCAGUGGAAAUAUAUUUGAUCAAAAUGGA